AAGUUCAUCCUUCCCUAACCAAAUCUUCCACGACACCAUUCCUCUCCCUCGCCAUCCUCCUGCUCUGCUCAUAUAAAUCAAACCUCCAUUGCAGCCAACUCCACACGUCAAUUGCGCCUCCUUAAUUUGCAGCGCCAUGGGCAGCAACAGUCAGGCCGGUGCCGCCGCCAGAGCGGAGGUCGAUACCAGCGCCCCAUUUAGGUCGGUGAAGGAAGCCAUCCUGCUCUUCGGCGAAAAGGUUUUGGCCGGCGAGAUCUACGCAAGCCGCCUUAAUCAGUUUCGCGCCACGGCGAACAGAGGCGAGCACGAAGGCGCGCGUCUGAGCUGCGUAGUGACGGAAUUAGAAGAGACCAGGCGUAAGUUAGCGAAGGCCAAUGAAGAGCGUUCCACGUUGAAGUGUUGCCUCGCCUCGAUUCAAGUGGAGCUGGAGAUCACGAGGUUAGAGCUCGCGCAGCUCAAGGCGGAAGAUGGGCACGAGAAGAGGAUCAAGGACAUUGGGGAAGUCGAGGUCGAGGCGGAGAGCACCAACAGCCGCGCGGUGGAGUUUCAGAAGAGGAGGCGGGUCGCGUUCGCGUAUCCUCCGGCGGUUCGGGAGGAGCAAGCGCUGUUGCAGAGGCAAAGCUCGGUGAUGCAGGAGGAGGAGAAGAAGAGCAAGAAGUGGCAGCAGCUGUUUCCUCUCAUUGCUGGACUCUUUGCGAAGAAGAAGGAACAACAAUGUGACUAGAGAGAGGGAUUGUGUCCAUUCUCUGCCGCUGCUGCUAUUGCUGCUUCUGCUUCAAAUAUUGAUUUAUAAAUCGGAUGUGGAUAAGGCAAUAGUGUUCUCUGUUAU